AUGUCAGCACUCAUGAUAAACUCCAGCAACUGCACGACACCCGCUGAUGGCGUCUGCCCACCAAAUAGCACUCUGUGUCCAGGAUCCUCCUGCCAGGAGCAAGGAAAAUCUUUCAACCAGAUCUUGAACCAGGUCUUGAGCAUAAUCCUGCCAAUCUUACUGAACUUGGUCAUACUCUCGAUGGGCUGCACCACAGAUAUCCGGAAGCUGUGGGGACACAUCAGGCGGCCCUGGGCAAUUAUAGUGGGCUUCCUCUGUCAGUUUGGCAUCAUGCCCUUCACAGCCUUCAUCCUGUCGAAGGCCUUCAACGUGCUGCCAGUGCAGGCUCUGGUCAUCAUCAUUAUGGGCUGCUGUCCCGGCGGUUCCUUCUCCAACAUUGUGGCCUACUGGCUGGAUGGUGACAUGGACCUCAGUAUCAGCAUGACAGCCUGCUCCACCAGUUUGGCUAUGGGCAUGAUGCCCCUGUGUCUCCUCAUCUACACCUCUGGAUGGACCUCCGGUACCAGCAUCCAGAUCCCAUACAAGCGCUUAGCUAUCAUGCUGCCCUUGCUCCUGAUUCCAGUUGGUGCUGGCAUCUUCAUCAAAUAUCGAUGGCCCAUGUUAGCUAAGAAGGUCAUCAAGGUGGGGUCCAUGGUGGGCUUACCCCUCAUCAUCAUUGCCACAGUGAUGAGCUGCAUAGUGUACAAGAAUUCGUGGAGUAUGUCUACAUCCAUGUGGAUCAUUGGCAUCAUCUUGCCACUACUGGGCUACAGCCUUGGCUUUCUGAUGGCGAGGAUACUAAGACAGCCCUGGAAGAGGUGUCGCACCAUAGCCCUGGAAACAGGUGUCCAGAACGCCAGUUUAUGUGGCACCAUCACCCAGCUGUCUUUCUCUCGGGAGGAGCGGAUGCUCGUGUUUGCUUUCCCAAUCAUCUACAGCUUAUCCCAGAUUUUCUUUUCCCUGGUGGCAGUGGGAGGUUACCAGGUAUACAAGCGCUGCUGUCAGCGCAGUGCCAUCAAGACGUCAACCCCAGAGGACGAAGAGAUGCACGCUGUGGACAACGGAGGCUUCCGGGUCGACGAGAACGGCAGCGUCGAUGACAAGGUCACCCGGAUGUGA